AUGGAUCCCGGUGACAUACAUCUACCGGCCUUUCUCGACCCUGCCCUCGAAUGGCUGUCGCAGAAGAUCCCCCCGCCGCUGUACAACCUGCUGCUUGAUCUUGCGGCGCACUCGCUUGCCAUCCUCACCUCAGUCUUCAACCUCGUGCGGCUCCUCGCAUCGUCCUCGCCGUCGCAAUGGGACGCACAGACCAUCUUACCCCCACUCAUCAGCCUGCUGGCGGCAUACCUCGCCAUAUUAAGCAUCUAUCGAACUACGAGCUGGAUGUUUAGGACGGGGGUCUUCUUCGUCAAAUGGGGAACCAUACUUGCAGCACUUGCGGCAGGAGCAGGAUAUUUCUAUGGCGCUCAAGGGCCAAAUGGAGACGGAACGGCCGGAGGAGGGGUCGGCCGAGGCAUAAUAGGCACUCUUAGUCGGUGGGCAUUGGAUACCAUGAAUGGUCAGGGCCAGAAUGCCGCUGGCGGGCGUCGAUAUUCUCAGCACGCGCCUCGACCACGCGCAUGGGAGAACUGGGACGCGCACCGCGAGUGG